AUGUCCCAGGUUUGUCCGUCAUCGUCGCAUCAAUUGGUCGCAGCUGCGAUGGCUUUUCGUCGUGCUCGACGUAAAUUUCCGAAAAAUUUUGGCCUUUAUUGUAACUCGGAGGAAACCACGAAGUCUGAGAAGACUGAAAGCGUCAGUGGAAACGAGGAGCCAAACGAUCAAGAGAAUUUGCCAUUCCCAUCGAGAAACAGUUUAAUCGCGAAACCAAAUCGCGUGGAGAGGAAGGCAGUCUUGAACAACGAGAGCGGAGAAAGUGGUUCGAUCAACGAAAACUUACUUCAGAAACCAAUAAUCUGUAGCUGUUGCCGUAAACGUAACAAUCAAUGCAAUGCUGGAGAUACACUCGACACCGUCCCAAGUAAAGAAUACAACGGAGUCGCACAGAAAAAUGAAUUUCCCAAAUCGGAGCAAGUAGAAAGUUGCGACUCGAAGGUUACCCGAAGUUUCAUAACGGAAUCGAGAAAUACUAGUCGUUCCCGUGGUUCAUAUUUCUAUUCCCGAAGACGAAGCCCGAAAGAAACUUCUGUCAAAUUGGAUUCCGUUAAUCUUCUCUACAACCAAGACCAGAACGAAGCGGACAACGGUAAAACUAGUGGUUCGUUCGAGAAACGAAACUGCAACAGAGACGAUCACGAUUGUAAUGUUGGCGGAAGGGGUUGCAAGUCGGUUCAUCGAAAUUCGCGGUGCACGUUCGUUCCGCAGAAAGGUAACUCGUCGUCCUCAAGUAUUUCCCGCGCUUGCAAUUCCCAAUGCGCAAAACAUUCGGCUCUCGAUCUUCUACGACCUUGUCGGGAUUGUUAUCGUCAAAGUCGUUAUCAUUGUUGCCAGUCUCACGAUCACUGCCAUCAUCGUUGCGACAACGAGCACAACAGCUACUCUUCAAAGGAAAAACAUCUCGCGUCAGACACUUGUCUCUGCUCCUCGAAUUCCAAUAAUCACAGAAGCUGCUGUUACAAAGAUCAUACCACACGUGAAUCGAUCUGCAAUCACAGCUGUUGUACGAAAAAUUCAGAAAAGAUCUCGACGGUGCAGGAGCAAAACGACGAGGAGCUCGACGAUUCCGUGGGUACGAUCAAUCACAAGGACUCUUUGUGCAUUUUGGUGGAAAAGUACAAAACCAAUAAAAAGUGCAAGCACAAGACAUAUUUCGGUGGAACUGAAUUCUCGGAUGAACGAGCCAAAGACGAAUGCGCUAAAUCGUACACCUCGGAAACCAACGGUCAACUGGAUGAAGUGAACACGAAACAGGGAGAAAGAUAUUCGAACAACGACAACUGUCGUUUUCGAGACAACCGUGUGUCAAUUGGAAGAACGUGCAGACACGGCUGCGGACAGAUCUUCAGGGAAGGGGACUGCAAUCAAUUCAAAAACCUAAAGUCCCGUUUAAUAAAAACUGGUACCUGCUGUUCAGCAAAGGGCACACCGUGGAGACAUACGUUUUAGCUUGGGAAAAAGAGUCUACUAAGAGUCUACCAAGUUUUUGUUAUUUUAUUAUUCUUAGUUCACUCGUUUGUUAGGUACUUUCUUUUCUAAAUAUUUUACAGUAACCAACUGCUGUAGGUGUACUUUAUCGCUCCUUAUUGGUGAUGAUUUAUCGAGAAAUUUGAGUUUAGUAGAGAAGCUACAAAAAUUACGUACAUAUAUUACUAAUGUCUUUGUAAGAAGACGCUUUAUAUAUUUAAAAAAUUUUCAUUAAAGCCACCAUAAAGUUUUCAGCAAACGAAUUUUUAUUCUAAUUUUCAUUUUCGCCUUAGAAAGGGUGUACAAAAAAAUAACGGCCAGACAGAAAUUCAAUUUCAAGGUUUGCGUACCCGCCGUUCUUCCAAAAGCUUAUUUUUUAAAAUAUAUUGCGCUAAUAAAGUUAAUAAACUUAUUUUGGAAGUAUAUUGCUUUAAUAAAGUUAAUAAACGAGCGCAUUUAUAUCAUUCCGCUACAACGUGCGCUGUGCCGCCAGCCUCUUGGGCAUCAUUUGGCCCCUCUUCCGUCUUUUCCUUUUCCUAUUCCGCUUUCAUCUCCUUUUGCUCCUCCUCACCUUCC